GCUGCAGACGUCGCGAUUUGUGCCGAGCCGAGCGCGGCGUAACUGGCGCGUAAACAAGUCGCAUCUUGGAUUUGGACGGCCCAGGGUCUGGUUUCGACUCCUUCAACAGCUGUGGCAAUACCAAGACGCUUACCCUAACAAACAGGCUGACUCGGUAGGCUGGCCUCGCAGAGCAAGCGCAGCGCACGUGAAUAGAUGCGAUCAAAGAUGCCGAUGGAGAUGGACGAUGGUCCGGUGGACGGAUUCUGCGGCGAUGCGACGGGCGCCAUGUACAUGAACGGUUUCCAGAGCGCCUUCAGUCGACAAAGCACGUGCCUCGCUCUUUACAUUAACGCAUUCAAACUCGACACGGCGGCCAAAUUUAUCGUCGCGUGCCUCGGUGUCGUCGCGUUAGGCGUCGGCGCGGAAGCGCUCGUCGCCGUCCGACGGUCACGCGCCGAGAAGGGCCUCGCGGGCCGCUGCGAGGCUGCUAUGGGCUAUGGGCUCCAGCUGGCGCUCGGCUACCUUUUGAUGCUCGCGGCGAUGACCUACGCCGUCGAAUUAUUCAUAUCCGCGAUUACCGGCGUCGCCCUGGGGCACGCCCUCUUCCGCACCGACCGCGCCGCCGCGCCGCCGUGCUGCGCUCCAGAACGCGCUGGUGUCGAGGCGCCCCUCGAGGCGUCGCUCCUCGACGGGUCGGGCCUCGCGUGAGUCGCCCGGGAAUGUGCAAAGAUAUAGUGUAUAAGAUGU